UUGUAUUUCACUACAACUGCAGUUUGUUGACAUUUCUACUCGCAGGCACGUGACUUGAAUGAGUAACAGUUUGUGGUAAUGGUCAUAAACUUUGAAUAUCGGAGACUGUAAGGCAGCGUUGAGGGUUUACAUUACACAUUGUACUUCCUGGUUUAAUUGUGAUUUACAAAAUGGACAAAGAUGCUGUGUUGACCCAUAUCAAGAACUCAAAGGGCAUGUCGACUGUUCUUGGUGGAGAGCUGCCUGUCAGUGUGAUAAACAACAAUAAGUACAUAUCCCCACUGACUUCUCAAACUCAGGUGACAGACAGAGAUGUAGACGACGACAGUCUGAUCUCCCUUGAUCUUGCCAUCCACACAGCUCUGUCUCGGGAAAGCAAAACAGUUGUAGUGGCCGGUCCAGAAGGAUCAGGUAAAACCACUGCACUGGAGAAGCUAGUUGUGGAUUGGGCUAAAGGAGAAGGCCUUCAAAACUUUUCUUAUGUUUUUUAUUUCCGGUUCAGGGAACUGAAGUUUCUUGAAGGGACACUGUCAUUGGAGAUGUUAAUGCAACACUACCACGGUCAUAUCCCUCCUGAGUCUGUCCCCCUAGUCCUGCAAAAGCCCGAUGAGGUGUUGUUUGUUUUUGAUGAUCUGGAUCAAAGCCGAAGCAGCCUGGACCCCUCCAUCCACACCCUCUGCUCUGACUCCAGCCAGGCAGCCUCAGUGCCCUGUUUAUUGGCGAGUCUGCUUCACAGAUCGCUGCUGAAAGGAGCUUCCUUUGUGGUAGCAACAAGGCCGACAGGAAGUCUGGAGUUUCUGAAAGGCACCUGGGUAGAAAUGUUGGGGUUUCUGAAGCCCCAAAGAGAGACUUACUUUAAUGGGUUCUUUACUGACCCAGCUGCUGCCAACAAAGCACUAAUACACAUGGAAAGGACACUGGGAUUUUAUGAUUUCUCUACCUCUCCUAGAUUUUGUUGGACAGUUUGUUCUGUUUACAAGUCUCUGAUGAAUGCUGGGGCAGAACUCCCUGAAACAUUAUCUCAGCUGUAUGUAGAGAUCCUUGUCCACCUAAUUCAGGCACUCUCACUGAGCGAAGCCUGCAGCAGAGAACUAGUAUUGGCCCUCGGCAGGAUUGCUUUGUGUUGUUCUCUUGAUCAGCAUUCAAGGUGCACCAAAGAGGAAAUGAAUUUCUUUGAUUUUCAGCAGUUUCUUAACUCAGUUGAUGUUUUCUUGCAAGUAGAUGGUGACCUGGAGUCAGAUACAUGCGUCUUCUCCUUUCACUCCAUGCUGAUGCAGGAGUUCAUCUUGGCUGUGUCUUUCUUUUUGGACAAAUCAACAUCUGAGGGAGUGGAGAAGAUGUUGGAGAAGCACAAAGGUCAUGCAAAGUUUCUAGACCUCUUCUUGUCAGGGCUCUUAGAGCCACUUCAGCGCAGACCGCUGGAGACCCUGCUCGGGGAGUUCAACUCUGAUAGAAUUAUGGAUUUCAAACACUGGUUUUUAACCAGCUUAGAGGCAACACUGAAGGGAUGUGACAAAGACGAGCACAGCCACUACUUUCAACUGCUUCAGCAAGCUCAAAGUAAGAGUUUGGUGAAAGAAAUUACCACUCCAUCAGCACUGGGAUUCAGCUAUGCCCCCCUGAGCCUUCAGGACUGUGUAGCUUUGAAUUAUGUCAUCACGUGCCUCGGUGAGAUGGAGCAGUUGAAUCUGUUCAGGAUAUUGAAUUUGACAGAGGAGAAAGCAGAAGUCCUGGCUCCAGCUAUGAGCCUGUCAUGUAAGAUAAUUUUGACAUACAGUACCUUGAGUACUGGGGCUGUCUCUCAUCUGGCUUCAGCUAUCAGCAGAGGAAUCACCAAGGAGCUGGAUCUCAGUAAUACCGGACUUACAGAUGACAUCUUCAGCAUUCUGUGCACUGGCCUCAGAAGCUGCAAACUGCAUAGAUUAAAUGUGGGUGGGUGCCAACUGACGAGCGGUGACGAUCUGAUGGUGGUGCUGACCUCACCCACCUCUCACCUGUGUGUGUUAGAAAUGAGGUUUAAUCAGCUCGGGGACCAGAGCUUCAUAAAACUGUGCAAAGCACUGCAUAGUCCUCACUGCAAACUACAAGAGCUUGGGCUACAAAGGUGCGAGUUGACUGCAGCAUCCAUGGAGGCUUUUUCAGCAGCUCUGUGUUCGGGCCAGUCACAGCUCAGAAAGGUGAACCUUACAGAAAACACGAUUGGUGACAGUGGAGUGGAGGCUUUGUGCAAGUCUCUGCAACACCCACUAUGCAAACUGCAGAGCCUCAACCUGUUUGGUACUGAGAUGACAGGUGCAUGCUGUCGCCAUUUGAUGGAGGCCUUGAUGUCAGAGCACUGCUCUCUGACAGAGCUGGAUCUGUCAGUGAAUGAUUUGGGCCAGGAGGGGGCACUGCUGCUCUGCCAAGCCCUUGGUCGACCUGGAUGUCCUAUAGAAAAACUUGAGCUGGCACGAUGUGAGUUAACCCAGUCUGUCUUCAAGGAACUGGGCUCAGUGCUGAGAAGUGGGACUUCUCAACUCAAGUCGCUGACUGUAGGUUUAAAUGAAGUAGGAGACCAAGGAGUUAAACAUCUCUGGGAUGCCGUCGCACAUCCACACUGUUUGCUAGAGGAACUGGAUGUUGAAAUGACUGGUUUGACAGAUGUCUGUGUUGAGGACGUGUGUGCUGCUAUAACAGCCAGUAAGACUUUGAAGAGUUUGGAAAUGAGAAACAACAUGCUGACUGAUGCUUCUGUCCCAGCCCUUGUCAAGGUCAUGCAGGACAGCGACAACAUGCAGGAAAUGAACCUGAAGUACAAUGACUUCAGUGAAGAUGCUUUUGACCUGUUGGAAGAGUGUGAUAAAAUAAGAUACUGAAGAAGGUGGAUUAGUCCAGCCAUCUCACGGACUGCUACAAGAUCAUAAGUGGAGCUGACGUCAUUAAUCCAUUUGUAAAUUGGCAGAAAAAUAUAAGGAAACUAUUUAGAUAAUCAGUUAACUGUUGAAAUAAGCAGAAAUGGCACUAGGGCACAUUCACUGGCUCCAGUUUCUCAAAUGUUAGUGUGUUGCUUUUCUUUUUCUUCUAUAAGUAGAUUAAAAUCUGUAUUAGUUAUGGGCUGUUAAUAAUUCAUCCAUUAUCUAUACUGCUUAUCCUGAAAAGGGUCAAGGGUCAAGUUUGUGGCGAUAGUGCUAACCACUGCGCUUUCCCAUUAUCUAUAAUGCUUAUCCUGAAGAGGGUAGC